GACCUCGACGUCAUCAGCUGCAGAUCGCGUCUUUUCUCAGCUGAUUUUUUCUCGAUAUACGAGCGCUUUUGCUCUUCGCCGAAAUGGCCGUGUGAUCUGCAGCCUGUAGACAGCGCGCAAACUCCUCAGUGCAUCAACAUAGUGCACUGGCUCAGUACAUUUAUUCAAAAAUGGCGUCCCUUGUGGCAACUCUGACCUUUGCUGUACCUGACAGCACGAAAUUAUUUGAAUUCUCAGUAGAAGACUCUCUUAUUCCACUUGAAAUAGCUAGCCAUGUCUUUGAUGAGCUCACGGUUUGGCCCGGACGAUAUGGAGGUCCUUCUUUGGGACCCAUCAUCACCGAUGGCUGACCCUCUGGGGUCCUUCCUAGAUAAAGAUGAGGAGGUUCUUCCUCUCGGAGGCACUGAAUCGCCCCUCUCAUCUUUCUCUUCCUCUCCACUUCCCUCUCUCUCCCCACCCUGCACUCCUCCCUCCCUUCAGAGGGGGGAGAAGGCUGGGCUCAAUCAGCUGUCCCUGUCCUGGUUCUCCUCAGAUGAGCUGUGCCUAGAUAAUGGUGGUGGAGACAGCAGUAAUGAUCAUUCAUUCAGUGAAAUGGAUUGGAUGACAGAGCGAAUUGAUCUUAGUGAGUUCGAUCUGGAGUCUUUAAUUGACUCCUAUGAUUCGGAGGAUCCGCCCAGUUCUCCUGAGGAACUCAUUGCUUCUCUGGAGUCACAAAUAGACCUGGAGUCCCACCCUGUAGCUUCUAACAACACCCCUUCACCCUCUCCCCCAGUGUCUGUCCCUGAAAUUGAUCAGCUUUCUAACCUUGCAUUCACUUUGAAUACUCCAGUUUCUGCUUCAUUCAUUCCCUCAAUACCAUGUGAAGUGUCAGAUUCCUCCUCUGUAGUCCCUGAGCCCCAGGCCGAGCUCGAGAUAAAGUCUGAACCGGCCUCCCCGGUCCCAUCGCCUUCCAUCCUUCCACCUGAGUCCCCUACUGACACCCUUGAGCUUGGUUGCGAGGUGGACAUAGCCGAAGUGCAGAGUCCAACCCCCGAUGAGAUGCGGGUGCCCAAAAUUGUCCUGUCCCUCUCCCCGACCCGCAUCGUUCUUGUUCUUGCUCCCAAAGAGGAGGCUAAUGUGAUGGCGACCCAUCCAGUUGAGGUGGUUGUGGAUAAUCCCCCAAGUCCAGCCUCCCCUGACCCACAAACCCCAGCCUCUCCCCAGUCUCGGUCUUGCAGGGUGAAGCCAUACCCUUCACCUGAUUCUAAGCCCACCCAAAAUCAGCAAUCCGAGUCGCCUUCCCUCACAGGAAGAGUGAAGUCAGCCAGUGGCGCAAAGGUUGUGGUUGAGAAGAAGAAGCUGAAGAAAAUGGAGCAGAACAAGACUGCGGCGACCCGCUACCGACAGAAGAAGCGCACAGAGCAGGAAUCCCUCCAGUCAGAGUGUGCAGCUCUGGAGGAGAGGAAUCAAGAGCUGGCGGAAAAAGCGGAAUCGCUCACUAAAGAGAUCCAGUACCUGAAAGAGCUAAUGGAUGAAGUUAAGAGGGCAAGAGAGAGCAGGAGUAUGAAGUCGUAGAAAAAAAUGGACACAGAGGCUUGAAGCUGAGAGAAAUGGACGGUUUCAGCAUAGCCUGAAGUGCAGAAUACUAGGGAUGUUGGUCCUAAAAGAAAGUAUUUCCUGAAGGGUUAAAUAAAUAACCGUUUUGAUUCUUCCCCAGUGACUUAGAUUCAGCUUCAUUUUUAGCAUAUCAGCUAUCAGUAGUAAAGCCUGAUGUACCUUUACAAGUGUAUUUUUUAUCUUUUGUAUCUCAGUGUAUGCAGAGUAUUAUAUAUAAGAGUGUAUUGUUGAUUGUCUUGACAUUUCCUACUUGAAAUUGUGCUGUAGAAAUGAUCAAUAUUUAAACUUUAUUCAUAGAAAUGGUGUGGUGUGCACUUGUUAGAUUAUGUAUUGACCGUCUAUGGGCCUUUCACUGCUUAUGAACUAACUUGAAUGUUAUUUGUGUAAUAAACCUUUAAAAAGA